GUUUUUUCCCGUCUUCUUGGUUGACUUAAUCAUACUUUUCAAAUCAAAUGAAUAAAAAAAGAACUGCCAGUACUCAAAAGCAAAUCAUGUUAAGUUGCAAACCAUCUUACGCAGCUGCAAAUUACACGCGACAUUUGCUCCAACAAGCGACACGAGAUGCAGCUGAAGCCUGCAUCCGUCGUCUCCGCCGUCCUCGUGUUACUCCUCUCCGACUUCCUUGGCAGUGACGGGCAGUUCGUCUACAACGGCUUCUCCGGCGCCCAGCUCGACCUCGACGGCAUGGCCGUGGUGGAGCCGGACGGCAAGCUCGCGCUGACCAACAUCUCGUCCCAGAUGAAAGGCAGUGCGUUCCACCCGGCGCCGCUCCGCUUCCACGAGCCGGCGACGAAGAACAACGGCAGUACCGCCGCGCGGUCUUUCUCGACCACCUUCGUGUUCGCCAUCGUCACCGAUUUCGUGACGGUGGGUGGGAACGGGCUCGCCUUCUUCAUUGGCCCGAGCAACAACCUCUCCUCGGCGUCGCCCAGCCAGUUCCUCGGGCUCUUCAACCCGCAGAACAACGGCAACGCCAGCAACCGCGUCUUCGCCGUCGAGAUCGACACCAUCCUCAACCCGGAGUUCGGCGACAUCGACAGCAACCACGUCGGCGUCGACGUCAACGGCCUGUCCUCCCUCGCCGCCAAGACCGCGGGCUGCUUCUCCGACGACACCGGCGAAUUUAAGAACCUGACUCUUAUCAGCGGCGACGUGAUGCAGAUCUGGGUGGACUACGACGGCCUAGCCAGGGUGAUCAAUGUGACGCUGGGCCCCGUCGAGGCGCCGAGGCCCAAGAGGCCGCUCAUCUCCGUCGCCGUCGACCUCUCGCCGGUGCUGAGCGAGGCGGCGGAGUCGUACGUGGGCCUCUCGUCGUCCACGGGCCCGUUCCACACGCGCCACUACGUGCUGGGCUGGAGCUUCGCGCUGGACGGGGCGCCCGUGCCGCCGCUCGACUACGCGGGCCUCCCCAAGCUACCGCCCCGGCCCGGCCGCGUCGGCGAGGAUCGACGGUCCAGGUUGCGCGAGGUGGGCAUCCCGGUGAUCACCCCGAUCCUCGCGCUGGCGGUGGCCGCCGGCGUGUCUUUCUUCGUGUGGAGGCGGUUCUUCCGGUACGCGGAGGUGAGGGAAGAUUGGGAAGGGGAAUUCGGCCCGCACAGGUUCGUGUACAAGGACCUGUUCCACGCCACGGGAGGGUUCGACGACGCCAAGCACCUGCUGGGCGUGGGCGGGUUCGGGAGGGUAUACAAGGGCGUGCUGCCGGCGCCGUCCAGGACGGAGGUCGCAGUCAAGGUCGUGUCCCACGGCGCGAAGCAGGGGAUGAAGCAGUUCGUGGCCGAGGUGGCCAGCAUCGGCCGGCUGCGGCACCGCCACGUCGUGCCGCUGCUCGGCUACUGCCGCCGCAAGGGCGAGCUCCUCUUGGUCUACGACUACAUGCCCAACGGCAGCCUGGACAGCUGGCUGUACGGCGCAGGCGGCGACCGGCCGCUGCUGAGCUGGGCGCAGAGGGUCGCCGCCAUUAGAGGCGUGGCGUCCGGUCUGCUCUACCUCCACGAGGACUGGGAGAAGGUGGUGCUGCACCGGGACAUCAAGGCCAGCAACGUGCUCCUGGACGCCGACAUGAGCGCGCGGCUCGGGGACUUCGGGCUGGCCAAGCUCUACGACCGCGGCGCCGACCCGCAGACGACGCGCGUGGUGGGCACCAUGGGGUACCUGGCGCCGGAGCUGGCGUGCACGCGGCGGGUGUCGCCGGCCACUGACGUGUUCGCCUUCGGCUCCUUCGUCCUGGAGGUGGCCUGCGGCCGCCGGCCCGUCGACCACGGCCACGGCCACGACGACAAUGGCGGCCGGAUGCUGCUGGCGGACUGGGUGCUGGAGCGCUGCCACGCGGGCGACGUGGCGGAGACGGCGGACCCGCGGCUCGAAGGCGCCUACGACGCCGAGGAGGCCGCGGCGGUGCUCAGGCUGGGCCUCGUGUGCUCCCACCCGGCGCCCGCGGCGAGGCCCACGAUGCGGCAGGUGCUGCAGUACCUCGACGGCGACGCGCCGAUGCCCGAGCCGGCGCCGACCUACCGGAGCUUCACCACGCAGGCCAUGAUGCAGAACGCCGACGGCUUCGACUCCUACGUCGCGUCGUACCCAUUGUCUUCCGUGGGCGCCUCCGUGCUCUCCGCCAGGGACGCCCUGGCCUCGGCGAUGCCGGCGCAGUACCUGGGCCUCUUCAACACCAGCAGCAACGGCGACCCGCGGAACCACGUCUUCGCCGUCGAACUGGACACCGUGCGCAACCCGGAGUUCGGGGACAUGGACGACAACCACGUCGGCCUCGACAUCAACAGCCUCAACUCCUCCGUGGCCGCCACGGCGGGCUACUACGACGACGAUGCUGGCGUGUUCAGGAACCUGAGCCUGGCGAGCAGAGAGCCCUUGCAGGUGUGGGUGGACUACGACGGCGCCACGACGGAGAUCGCCGUGGCCAUGGCCCCAGCCGGGUCGCCGCGGCCCAAGAGGCCUCUGUUGUCCACGAGGAUCGACCUGUCCACGGUCAUCGCCGCCGACACGGCGUACGUGGGCUUCUCGUCGGGGUCCAGCAUCGUGCUGUGCAGGCACUACGUGCUCGGAUGGAGCUUCAGCACGGGCGGGGCCGCCGCGCCGCCGCUCGACCACGCCCAGCUGCCGAAGCUGCCACGCGUUGCUGGUCCCCCCAAGCCGCCUCGCUCCAGGGCGACGCUGGCCAUCGCGCUGCCGAUCAUGACCACGACGGCCGUCCUCGCCGCGGUGGCCGUGGGCGUCCUGGUCCACCGACGGCGGCUCAGGUACGCGGAGCUGCGGGAGGACUGGGAGGAGGAGUUCGGGCCGCACCGGUUCGCGUUCAAGGACCUGCACGACGCCACCGGCGGGUUCAAGGACAAGCGGCUGCUGGGCGCCGGAGGGUUCGGGAGCGUGUACAUGGGCGCGCUCCCGGGGUCCCGGACACAGGUCGCGGUGAAGAGGGUGUCGCACGAGUCGAGGCAGGGUGUGAAGGAGUUCAUCGCCGAGGUCGUCAGCAUCGGCCGCCUCCGCCACCGCAACCUCGUGCAGCUGCUCGGCUACUGCCGCCGCAAGGGGGAGCUCUUGCUGGUCUACGAUUACAUGCCCAACGGCAGCCUCGACAAGUACUUGCACGGCGACGGCGACGGCGGCAGCAAGCCCGCGACCCUCGGCUGGGCACAGAGGCUGCGGAUCAUCAAGGGCGUCGCGUCCGGGCUGCUAUACAUGCACGAGGACUGGGAGAAGGUGGUCGUCCACCGGGACAUCAAGGCCAGCAACGUGCUCCUCGACGCCGAGAUGAACGGGCGGCUCGGUGACUUUGGCCUCGCCAGGCUGUAUGACCACGGCGCCGACCCGCACACCACGCGCGUGGUGGGCACCAUGGGGUACCUGGCGCCGGAGCUGAUGCGCACCGGCAAGGCCACCACGCUCUCCGACGUGUUCGCCUUCGGGGCGUUCCUCCUGGAGGUGGCCUGUGGCCGGAGGCCCAUCGAGGAGGGCGAUGAGGAGGACGUCUACGGCGACGUCGAGCGGUUCGUGCUCGCGGACUGGGUGCUGGGGCACUGGAGGAACGGCGCCAUCGCCGGCGCGGUGGACGCUGAGCUCCGCGCUGCUGGGGUGUAUGACGCAGCGGAGGCGGACCUGGUGCUGCGGCUGGGGCUGACGUGCAUGCAUCCGUCGCCGGCGGCGCGCCCGAGCAUGAGGCAGGUGAUGCAGUACCUGGACGGCAGCACGCCAUUGCCGGAGCUUCCCCCGACGUACGUGACGUUCAACAUGCUCGCGGCCAUGGAGACACACCAAGGAGUUCUUCGCUCGCUGUCCAUCUGGCGGGCGGCGUCCAGUGUCGCCACCAUAUCUGACAUCGGCGUCGACAGCGGCCGUUGACAUUUUUAGAGCAUGAUGCUCUGCUCAUGUUGGCGAGAUUGGGAGGAGCAAGUUGUGGGUUGUGGCAAAAAGGAUCACGGGUUCACUCGCAGGUUGUCAAUUUGUAAAAAUUGGUGUUGAAUGAUUUUCCUUUACACGAAAGCAGUUUGGCAACAAUGAGUUCACUAUCGCUCUGAAAUCUCAGCUGCGCCUCCUGGACCUUCCUUCCA